AUUUUUUACGGCCGAACUCGCCAGUUGCCGAUGCGCUCCAAGUGGAGGCGCGCGUGUUACCGAACGAAACAUUUUUGUUUACGCCGGAACCGGUUCCGACGAAACUUUUUAAAUUAAUACACAAACACGAAAUUCCAUAGACAAGUGUGUUGUUUAAACCAUUUGAGGAUACGGAGAGAGUUGGCAGAGAAAAAUGAACAGUAUAUGGUGCUGGUUCGCGGUACUAGCCAUCUCAUGGGGAACAGCCAACGGUCACGGAAGGCUCAUUGAACCACCGUCACGCGCCUCCGCCUGGCGGUUCGGCUUCGAUACCCCACACAACUACAAUGAUCAUGAGCUCUUCUGUGGCGGAUUCACACGACAAUGGAACAAGAACGGAGGGAAAUGUGGCGUUUGCGGCGACGCGUGGGACGCUCCCCCACCGCGAGCGCACGAACCCGGAGGACGAUUCUACAAAGGCGUCAUAGUUCGAAAAUAUCCACCAAAUUCCACGAUUACCAUCAAAGUAGAACUCACUGCCAGUCACGCUGGCUUUUUUGAGUUCCGAGUGUGCAACGAGCCGAAGUCAACUACGCAAGAUUGCUUGGACAAAAAUGUUCUCAAACUGGAUGGUAGAGACGCUACUAAAUAUUACCCCAAAGAUGGGAACAAAGUAUAUGAGAUGAAGUAUCAGUUGCCAGAGGAUCUUGAAUGUCCUCACUGUGUGAUGCAAUGGAGAUAUAUUGCUGGUAACAACUGGGGUACAUGCGACAACGGCACUGGGGGAGUUGGAUGUGGCCCACAGGAGGAAUUCAGGGCAUGUGCCGACAUUGCUAUAGGAGAACGCUUCUCUACCACCACUAGACGACCAAGACCUACGUACGUGCCUCCAAACAGACGGCCAACUCUGCCAACGCCGGAGGAAUCCACUGGCAGCGCUUGGUACGGAGUUCUGGUCGCCAUUGUCACACUGCUCGUUGCAAUUAUGGUCCUUGCCGGCAUCUACCUAUACUACUACAGAGGUGGCAUGAAGAUUAAGAACUUAUUGAAGAAGAAAGUCCCCCCACCAGCACCCGUUCCCCCACCGAGACAUAAACGGGCUUCGCUAUCAAGAGAGCAUCCGCCAGAGCUGAUACCUCCCAAAAUAUCGACUAUAGAGUCUGGAUUCGAAACUGUCGACCUUAGAGCUAAAUAAAAGGUUUAAAGAGGCUUUACAAGUAACAAUCCACUGCCUUUAGUGAUGUAGUCGUAUGAAUGUUUCAAGCGUGUUUGUAUGCUUGAAUAAAAUUGUGAAAAAGAUCGGUAUGAAUCAGAUUUCAGAUGACGAAACUUUAGAUUUAAGUUUGACUUUUGUAAAUUAUAUUUAUGUUAAAUUAAAUAUUUUAAAGUGUU